CGGGCAUGUGAGCCUGUGUGUCCCUGCAUGUCCCGAGGGAGUGUCUCCGUGGUUGUGCCCUGGGUCUCCAUGCUGUCCCUGAACCUGCUACAGUGAAGAUGCAGAGGAAAGUCCUGGGGGACAGCUUGGGAUGCUGAGUCCUAGGGCAUCUGCCUGCUCCGUGGUCUCCUGAUUUGCCAGGUAUCCUAGCAACGCUGCUGCCAGUCGCCUAGCAACCAGGUCCCCAUCCUUGGAGAUGGCUGCUCCAGGCAGGGUCUAGGCUCUGUGAGUAGAGCCUGUGCAGGAAGAAGGACCUCAUGACUUGGAGGCUGGUGACUCAGCUAAGGGGUCACCCACACAGCAUGUGACCCCAGUGCCAGGAAGGAGGCAGCUCCAUGGGAGCUGUUCAGCUGCACGGGUGCUAGGGGCCCAGGCUGUGAGGAAAUGAAGCUCAGGGGUCGCUUUGGGAACCCAGCUGGGGCAGAGACACCCUUGGUGUGUCUCAAAGUGGCAGACAGAUCUGGGUUUCACAACACGGAGGGGUAACGCUCCCGCCUGCAGAAAGCUGAUGCUGAUGGCGGUGACCUCCGUGCAGGGACAGAUGAGCCUCCACCGUGGACCUGUGGAGUGCACAGUGGGCACACAGGGUGCACCGUGGAGUCGAGGCACCCUGCUGGUCCAAGAGGCUCGGACCCACUUAGCGCUGGCCAGGCAGGCGUCCUGCUGCGCACACACCCUCCUCUUGGCCUGCCCCUGCUCCGCGGGGGACACCGCUGAGGGGCCCUUUCUGGGCCAACCGGGGCUGGUCUGGGUCCACCCGAGGCAGUGUCUCUGUGUGGUAGAUGAGGCCCCGCCUCUGUGUCCCGGUCUGUGCGUCUUGUGGGCGUCCCCCUGACUCUCUGUCCCCUGUCCCUGUGUCCUUGUGCAUAUGUCUAUCCCUCGACUCAGUUCCCGUGUGGAUCUGCGUCCUUGUGUCCGUGUGUGGGAGCUGCUCUCUGUCGCUCAUCCCGCAGUGCGCGCUCAAAGGACAUCCAGUGCGGGGGGAGGGGCGGCGACCCCCCUUCCCUGCGGCCCCUCACCCCGCCCUCAGGGCCCCUCCUCCUCGGGAGCUGCAGGCUCCGCCCCAUCCCCCAGCUCCGCGCCAGGCUGCGGCGUCUGGUCUGGCAUCUGCUGGGAAGCAGCUCCCGCCGCAGCCCGGUGCAGCCCCGCGCGGACCUGCGGCUGGUCGGGCAGUGGCAUCCCAGGCCCGCACCGGCGGGGCUGAGGGUUAGAGCCGCCACAGCCUCGGCUCCCACGGAGGUUGCUAAGGCACCAGGUGGCUUGGCACACAGGGAGGCAGAAUGGAGUCCCUCUUCCCUGCUCCCUUCUGGGAGGUCCUCUACAGUGGCCACCUGCAGGGCAACCUGUCCCUCCUGAGCCCCAACCACAGCCUGCUGCCCCCCCACCUUCUGCUCAACGCCAGCCACGCCGCAUUCCUGCCCCUUGGGCUCAAGGUCACCAUUGUGGGGCUUUACCUGGCUGUCUGCAUUGGGGGACUCCUGGGGAACUGCCUCGUCAUGUAUGUCAUCCUCAGACACACCAAGAUGAAGACGGCCACCAACAUCUACAUCUUUAACCUGGCCCUGGCAGACACUUUGGUGCUGCUGACACUGCCCUUCCAGGGCACGGACGUCCUCCUGGGCUUCUGGCCAUUUGGAAAUGCCCUGUGCAAGACGGUCAUUGCCAUCGACUAUUACAACAUGUUCACCAGCACCUUCACCUUGACCGCCAUGAGUGUGGACCGCUAUGUGGCCAUCUGCCACCCCAUCCGAGCUCUCGAUGUCCGGACGUCCAGCAAGGCUCAGGCUGUCAACGUGGCCAUCUGGGCUCUGGCGUCCGUGGUCGGUGUUCCUGUUGCCAUCAUGGGCUCGGCGCAGGUCGAGGAUGAAGAGGUCGAGUGUCUGGUGGAGAUCCCCGCCCCGCAGGACUACUGGGGCCCCGUGUUUGCCGUCUGCGUCUUCCUCUUCUCCUUCAUAAUCCCCGUGCUCGUCAUCUCCGUCUGCUACAGCCUCAUGAUCCGGCGGCUGCGCGGCGUGCGCCUGCUGUCCGGCUCCCGCGAGAAAGACCGGAACCUGCGGCGCAUCACGCGGCUGGUGCUGGUGGUGGUGGCCGUGUUUGUGGGCUGCUGGACGCCUGUGCAGGUCUUCGUGCUGGCACAAGGCCUGGGGGUGCAGCCGGGCAGCGAGGCUGCGGUGGCCGUCCUGCGCUUCUGCACGGCGCUCGGCUACGUCAACAGCUGCCUCAACCCCAUCCUCUACGCCUUCUUGGAUGAGAAUUUCAAGGCUUGCUUCCGAAAGUUCUGCUGUGCCCCGGCCCUGCGCCGGGAGACGCAGGUGUCCGACCGUGUGCGCAGCAUUGCCAAGGACGUGGCCCUUGCCUGCAAGACUUCUGAGACAGUACCACGGCCCGCAUGACUAGGCGUGGACCUGCCCAUGGUGCCCGUCAGCCCGCAGAGCCCAUCAACACCCAACACGGAGCUCACCCAGGUCACUGCUCUUUAGGCUGACCCUGAACCUGGUUCCUGGGCAUGGCCGGACUUGCAGACUUCUGCGUGGCCUCAGAGGGCCUGGUGACAUCAUGGGACAGGUCAUAUGGUAGCCGCCCUCCUAGUACGUAGCAGAGAGGCGACACCUGCCACGAGUGUGCCCGGCCAGAGCCCCUGCCAACACCAUAACCCUGAUGGGACUCUGCUGGCCUCUCCCCCACGGCGCCCUGCGGGCUCUGGGUAUGGGCCACCUGCUGCCUGUGCCAUGUGCUCUCUACGGGGGGCCCUGCAACCCCUCCUUGGGGUUUGGAGCUGCCGAUGCGGACUUGCCUGGGCCUCAAGUGCCGUCACUUCCCCGUCCCCCACGCCCGCCUCUGAGAGGCUUCUGAGGGGCUUUUUGCUCCCAAAGCACAAAGAACCGUCAACCACAGAUGUGGCUGUCCAGGGGUGUGACCUGGAGGGACAGUGGGCUGCUCGGUCACCUUAGGCCACUUUGUCAUUCUGGAAACAGCCCCGGAGCCCUGGUCUUGGCUGCACAGCGCUGGAGGGGAGGGGCGCCCUGCUGUGCUCUGUCCCUGGGUCCUCCACGGCUCUCUUGAAAUCAGAGGUCAGCAGUUUUGCAGCCGACAGGCCCUGCACCCUGUUUGGACCCUUGUGGACCUGGAAGCAGAGUGGCCGUGGGGACGGACUCUGCUCUGCCUCUCUGGCGACUGGCCCGUGUCACUGACAAACCUCCAGGGCUCUUGGGGUGGGGGGCGAGCUUCCCGCUGCCACUGUGAGAGGGGUCUGGAGCCGGAACACCGUGGCCGGGGAGGGGCUCCCUGCUGCGGGCCCCGGAGGAGCACCCUUCCUGCUCUGAGGCGGGGAGCUGCCGUCUGGCGAAUUUGCAGACACUCUUUGCUGUAGAUAAACUAUGGAAACCCGGCACCGGAAGAGACCAUCCUGCCUCCACCCGUGAGCGGAGCCGCUGACCUCAGCCAGGUGGUCUGGGCUCCUGCAGGGAACAGGAAGCACUGACUUUGGGCCGGCUUCUCCUGCUUCAGGGAGCCCCAGCUCUGGGGUUCGUUCCUGGGGGGGUGGAGCCGCCCAGCGGGGCGUGCUGGUGGGACUGUCGCUUCGCUAUUUAUGCAUGCGGCCUGUGUCGUUUCCCCCACACGGAACCAACCCGAAUCUUGUCUCCAGGGGUCAUUGGGGCCACCAUAAACCCCUUCCCACUGAGCAGGUGUUUCUGACUCCCGUGGGGUGGGCCGCUGGGGUAAAGAGUCCUCCACCUGCUCUGGGCUCCUCACUUGGCCGGGCUCUGUCUUCAUGGGAUGUUCCCCUUGGAGGCUGCGAGGCUGUGACCUCCAGAAGGUGUGGUUUCGUGAUGCACUGGAGGUCUGUUUCCUUUCCUUCAGCACAAAUAGCUCCUCCUUGAACAACCAGCUACGGCACCUACAUCCUGCCCCUGCGGCUAGAGGCUCCCUGUGGGUCGGCGUGGGGUGUGCUCUUCCCACGGGGCCCCAUGUUUCUCCACCCCACUGAGUCCCUGCCGGCCCCUCCCUGCCCCGGCCCUCCCCUCUUCCUUGAGCAGACCCAGCAGAGUUUGGAAGACGGACAGAACAGCCUCCAUUGGUGGCCCUGAGAUGGGGACAUGGUGUGGACCCAGUUUGGUCCAGGUUGACCCUUGGGUGGGUGACCCUCUCAGAAAGAGGGACGUCAGAGGGAGCGUGAGGACAAGCUCGGGGAGGGGGAGUGUUUGGCCCCUGCAGAGGGGCUGGUGUGCAGUUUCACACCAACCUUAACUAUGGGCACUUGGCUGUUCAAACAGACAUUUAGCAUCACGGGGAAGUUUGGGAAUGAGGGGCCUA